AUGAAAAAAAUCCUCAUAAUCAAGAAGUCCCCAGAAAUUAUUGAAGAAUUAUUUAAAAAUUUAGAACAAAUUGAAGUUGAAGAAUUCGAAUUAAUCAGCAACAAACUGAGCAAGAAGACAAUCAAGUUGAACAUCAAUAGUCAUACUAUUUCGAAAUUAGAACCACAACAUUCAGAUCAUCAAGUCGAGCAAGAACAACAAUCAUUCCCAUCAACUCAAAUAUUAACAAAAAAACCACAUUAA